CGCUGCUCUGUGACUGAAUGGAGAGGAAGAUGGAGGAGAACACUGUUCGGGAAGCUCAAACUGUGAGUGAAUCGGGUGGAGAAGAUGCUCUGGUGGGGAACGUCAACAAACUGAUGGUGAGCCCACCUGGGUACUCAGGAGCUCCUCGAAAAGGACAUCUAGUGUUUGAUGCCUGCUUUGAAAGUGGAAACCUUGGCCGAGUAGACUACAUCAGUGACUUCGAGUUUGACUUGUUCAUCCGACCGGACACCUGCAAUCCACGCUUUAGAGUCUGGUUCAACUUUACUGUGGAGAAUGUCCGGGAGACACAGAGAGUCAUAUUCAACAUUGUCAAUUUCUCCAAGACGAAGAGCCUGUACCGAGAUGGCAUGUCCCCUGUUGUCAAGUCUACCAGCCGUCCAAAGUGGCAGCGGCUUCCACCCAAAAACGUUUACUACUACCGUUGCCCUGACCACCGCCGCAACUACGUCAUGUCAUUUGCCUUCUGCUUUGACCGGGAGGAUGAGGUGUAUCAGUUUGCUUACUGCUACCCUUACACCUACUCCCGCCUGCAGCACUACCUGGCCAGCCUGGAGCGCAGGAACCUGCCCUACCUGCAGAGGGAGCUACUGGGACUCAGCGUGCAACAACGCCGACUUGACCUGUUAACCAUCACCAACACUGAACACUUGGAUCCAGAGAGAGAGAAGAAGUUGGUCUUCCUCACGGCUCGGGUUCAUCCUGGAGAGUCUCCGGCAUCGUUUGUCUGUCAAGGUGUGAUUGACUUUUUGGUGAGCCAGCAUCCCGUCGCUCAGGUCCUCAGAGAUUAUGUGAUCUUCAAAAUCGUCCCCAUGCUGAAUCCUGAUGGAGUCUACCUGGGCAACUACAGGUGUUCUUUGAUGGGCUUUGACCUGAAUCGCCACUGGCAGGACCCCUCUCCAUGGGCGCAUCCCACGCUGCAUGCUGUCAAACAACUCAUAGUGCAGAUGAACCAAGACCCGAGAGUCAGUUUGGAGUUCUACAUUGAUGUCCAUGCCCACUCCACGAUGCUGAAUGGAUUUAUGUACGGCAACGUGUUUGAGGAUGAAGAGCGAGUCCAGAGACAGGCCGUCUUCCCGAGACUGCUGUGCCACAACGCGCCAGACUUCUCUUUUUCCAACACAUCUUUUAACCGUGACGUGGUCAAGGCCGGCACCGGUAGACGCUUCCUUGGAGGUCUCCUUGAUGACACGUCCUACUGCUACACUCUGGAGGUAUCGUUCUACAGCUACAUGACAGCCGGCAGCAACGUCCCUGUCGCCUACACUGAGGAGACCUACAUGAAGCUCGGCAGAAACGUGGCUCGGACCUUCCUGGACUACUACAAACAGAACAACCACAUCAAGGACAACACUUGCCAAAUGUCUGAAGUAACAGCUCAGACAGCUGACAGGAAGGGUGGCGCUGCAGAGAAGGAGGCUUCAGACAGAGAGCAUGUGCGCAGUGUCAGGAACUAGACGGACAGAUGGACAGACUGAUAAAGUGCCGAGCACCGUAGCAGGAGGAUCCUUCACGCUUCAUUACUUGGAGAAUCUCUGCAAAGACUUUAUAUAUUUUCACGGAUGUGUUAUUAUGCAUGGCUGAGGAUCAAACUUGGCACUCGGUUUUGUCUAAAUUUCAAGCAUGACUCAUCAGAUGUUCAAAAGAGACUUUGUCACAUCAUGCCUUCAAUGCCUUUGUUGAUGUACAGUAAAUAAAGCCGUGACUUUAAAGUUUCUUCAUAAUCUAUUUAGAACAGUCAGUCCUCAAAUCAAAGCAUCUUCAACUGAAGACUUGGGUGGCCGAACAUCUUGGUGACAGAUUUGUAGUUGUAUUAGACAUUCGAUAUCCUUUAUGAGGUUGUAGUGAGUGUUACUGAAUCUUCUUUUUAAAGGUAAUUUUUAUUCAUGCUUUAUUUAUUUCAUUGUGAGGCAUUCGGCUGCCUUGCUGAGGGAUCAAAACGUCAUAUUAAUAAACUGAAAGUCAAAUCUUUGGGGAGAAUAAUAUGGGAAACUACAGAUGUAAAAUUAAGAUGGAGAUGCAACUGUGGCUCAAGUUCGUUUCACCCAAAGUCACCAGCCAACUGAGGAAGAGAAACCUACACCAUGGUUCCAAUAGGUUCACCAAACCUGGUCAGAAGACAAUGGGCGAAGCAACUGGUCUGAUGGCUCCCGAUUCUUACGUUGACGUUCCCUAGUAAAUAAAGAUUUCUACAAA